GCCGGCCCCUUUAAAAACACACGAGGCCACGCCCACGCCCCCUCCUGAAAGGCCGCCCGCCAAUCGAGGGCGGGGACCCAGCCCGGGGUGCCGGGAACCAAUGAGCGGGCCGCUUAGUGAGAGGCGGAGCAGCGGGGCAGGAGAGAAGAUGGAGGCAGCAGCCGCAGAGCCGGCUCCGGCAGCUGCUGGCGGCGGCGUUGCCCCACUGAAGCCGCAGGCUGCGGCGGUGCCGGAACGGCUGCAGCGGCGGGAGGCGGAGCGGCAGCGGGAAGCGGAGCGACGGCGGCAGGAGAAGGCGGCCCAGGCGGUGCAGGAGGAGCAGAGCGGGUUCUUCGCGGCCGCCUUCUCCCGGGAGCGGGCGGCCAUCGAGGCGCUGCUGGGGCCCGGCCCGGGCCAGGCAGAGGCGGAGGAGGCGCUGGAGGAGGCAGCCGCCCGGCUGCAAGGGCUGCAGAAGCUCCUCACCGACAGCGUCCGCUUCCUGGCGCCGUACGAGGUGCGGCAGGCGCAGGAGGCGCUGAGCCGGCUCCAGGGGGCCCUGACGGCCAAGCGCCAGCAGCUGCAGCCCAAGAAGCGAUUCGCCUUCCGGGCCCGCAGGAAGGAGGCGGAGUCCGCCCCGCCGCCCGCCUCGGCCGGCCAGCUGCCCCAGGAGUCCGCCCCGCCGCCCGCCCCGGCCGGCCAGCUGCCCGCGGAGGGCGAAGUGAGCGGGCCCCCACUGUGCGGCUUCAGUCGGGCCGAAGCCCAGACGCUGGAGCUUGGCCCCUCGGAGCUUUUGCAGCGCGAUGUGCUGCUGGCCGAUCUGAGUGACUGCCGGGUGCUGCUCCGCGGCAACCCCAACACUCUCCGGGUACGGGACUGCCGGGGCUGCACCGUGCUCUGUGGGCCCGUCUCCACCUCGGUGCUGGUGGACGGGUGUAGAGACUGCCUCCUGGUCCUGGCCUGCCAGCAGCUCCGCACCCACCGCACCCGGAACACCCGGAUCUACCUGCAAGUGACUAGCCGGGCUAUGGUGGAGGACUGCAGUGGCGUCCGCUUCGCCCCCUACACUUGGAGCUACCCAGGCAUCGAGGGCGACUACGAGUCCUCCGGGCUGGACAGAGGCAGGAACAACUGGAAGCUGGUGGAUGACUUUGACUGGCUGGCCAGAGAUGAACCCUCGCCCAACUGGAGUGUGAUCCCUGAGCAGGACAGAAUCACGCAGUGGGACUGAAUGAAGGCUGCAAAAACUUUCCACCAUAGAGGAGCUCUGAGACUGCAGAGGAAACUUAUGACUGUACAGCAGGUCCCAGCAUAACUGUAAAUAAAACUAACUUUAAUUCAUUCUAAAACAACUUAAUAGCAGUUUGUGGGUCUUUAAAUGCUGAAUUAUAGUGUGGGAUUAAACUACUUGGUCUAAACUGCUAUACAUUAAUGUGCUAUGAUAGAGGCUGGUAACUACUGCAGUAUCCCUGUGACAACUCUUUAGGGUGUCUGUGAUUUGUACACUGUUUUCCUGCUCACUGGCAAUGAGCCUCUAAAUAAAGGUAUGCUGCUGCCUACUUGUUCAGCUGGAUAAAAUCUGAAUUGCCUUGUGGUGAUGUACAUUUCAGUGGACCAGGAAAUCUAAUGCUCAGACUCCUGAGUUCUAUAGGAUAUUACUCUGUCUUCGCAGGUAAUGUAAAAAAUUUUCAGACUGGUGGAAUUUUUCCAUUGCCCUAGUGCUGUCUACACUGAGGUUUAGGUUGACUUAAAUUCACACUCCUGAGAUGUAGAUUCACACCCCUAAACUGUGUAGUUAGAUCAGCUUAAAUUUUCAGCAUACACCUAGCAGUUACUUUGGUCUGCUAACAUGGGUGAAAACUACAAAUUGCCUUGUUCUCAUUAGGCUUUUACAGUAUGUUGGCCACUAAGUUAAGAACCUCCCUCUUUUCCUGGUGGGAGGCUAACCCUUUACUCUCACAGUUUUGAUCUCAAGUUAACUUGAGAAUCAGUUAACUCAAGGUAAAUAUGUUCAUAACUGCUGUUCUGGGUGCUAAGGGACAAAUGGUUGUAGCCUGAAACAGCUAGUUGGGAAGUAUCCAGAUUAGCCAUUACAAACAUUAAUUGGCAAAUCAGUUAACUUGAGAUAAAAAGUAGUGUAAACAAGUUCUUAGAGAACAUGUUUAAGGUAUGCAGUAGGUGAUUUGGCACCACAGAGGUCUUGCUCUAGUAAUAUGGUACAGUUAUCUAAAGAGGUUGAAUUGAUGUGGAAUGUUUGGGGAGGAUGGUUUAGAGAGAACUUCCUUGCCUCUCUUCCCUCCCCACCCCU